AAUUGUCCGCCGCCCCCUCAAUAUAUCCCCCUUGAUGUGGCAGAUUCGUCAUCUCUGAAUUCCUUUCAUAUAUGUCCGUUAUACCCCGUUGCAAAAUAUUUAUUAUAUCCAUCAAGCCAUCGCCGAACAAACACCGUGGAAGACCGUGACGCUGUGGAAGCAAAAUGGAUACAAACGUGCCCGGGGAUAAUCUCCCUGCUCCAGUUGCAACGACAGUAUCCCCCCCUGCAUUCCCUUUUCGGAAACGGAGACGUCCUGCAUUGGCUUGCGAGGAAUGCCGCCACCGCAAGAUAAAAUGUGACCGUUCUACCCCUUGCGGGCCAUGUAGCCGUUCCAGGAGCAAGACAUGCACGUACCAAAAUCUCCAGGACGAUUUUCCCACCACAGCUCCAAUCGUGAGGAAGAUCCCGCCUCACACCCAACCCGAUUCUAUGGGACAGAGUCGACAACAAACCUAUGAACAAACUACCAGUGCCAGCAGCUACCCGUCGGUCCCUUCUGCCCCUGGGUCGACUUCCUCGUCGUUGGUACAGUCGCACAAUGGUUCGCCUGCAACCACAGAGCACGUGCAGGCGCUGCUCAACAGAGUCCAAACUCUGGAGAAGAAGCUACUAGAUGCUUCACGCAAUGAAUCAAAUGGGGAAUCGAGCAAUGCCCCUCAAACACAGCCCAACCCCCCGACCGUGUCUCCCAAAGUAUGCAAGAGAUACAAGGGGAAGAAGAAAUCCAACUAUGAAAAGAUGAAGUUCCGCGGCCAAAAUCAUUGGAUGAAGUACAUUAAACAGUUCGAUUUCAUGGGAAGACUCAAAGGUGCCACCGGGGAAGAGGAGAAGGCAGAAAUGCGAGCAAUUGUCCGCAAAUGCAAGCGUCUUGCCAAUGCUGCUCAGCUCCGGUAUCUCGCCCCCCAAUCUGUCCCCCUGGAUUUUCGUGACCAUGUUCCACCAAGGGAAUCGUCCGAUAUUCUCAUCCAGGGGUACUUUCGAACUUUCGAAUCCGUCUUUCGCAUCAUUCAUAUCCCUUCCUUUAUGAAUGAGUAUGCAGACUUCUGGGCCAACCCCAAAGCUGCCCGAGAUCUAUACGUAAUAAAACUUUUGCUGGUAAUGGCAAUUGGCACUUGUUUCCAUCAAGAAACUCCAAAUUCAGAUCCGAGCUUGGCAAGCCUACGUGCUGGAGCAACGCAAUGGAUUCAUACAGUAGAAGCAUGGAUUAAUACUCCCUAUCAGAAACCGAAAGCGACUCUCGCGAACUUAGAGAUAAGAUGCCUACUGCUCGUCGCCAAACAGGUAAAUAUCAUUGAUGGAGAUAGCGUUUGGGUAUCAGCCGGGAGCCUUCUUCGCAUAGCUAUGCAAAUGGGCCUACACCGUGACCCCUCUCAGCUAUUCCAAAUGACUACACUCCACGCAGAACAUCGACGCCGACUAUGGGCUACAGUGGUCGAGCUCCUGUUGCAGUCCUCGAUGGACUCAGGCGGCCCACUCUUACUCUCCGCAGACGAUUUCGACUGCGAGCCUCCGUCCAACGUCAACGAUUCGCAAAUCGACGAACAAUCAAGUGCUCCAGUACUUCCGAAACCAGAUACUAUAUUUACGGAGAGCAGCAUCCAAAUUGCUCUCGCGAAGACCUUCCCCGUUAGAAUCGCUAUCGCGAGGCUCAUUAACGGUUUCCGCUCCUCCGACUCUUAUAGCGAGACCCUCCGCCUCGCUGGCGACCUCACAGCAGCUUGCCAACAACACUCCACAGCCAUUCAUUUCUGGCAGUCUGGUUCUUCAUCCAACACCAUGCCAGCGGAGCCCUCCCCAUUCCAAUCAAAACUCCUCGAAAUUUUCACGAAACGCUUUCUCCUCUCUCUCCACUUGCCCUACGCCAUGAAAGCCAAAACCGACCAAACAUACUUCUUCUCCCGCCAAGCCACCCUGGAGACAUCUCUCUCGCUACUCGCUCCUGUAAUCCCGGAUCCUCAAGACCACGACGACUACACAGCACUCCAGCUUCGCGGCGGAGGCUUAUUCCGCAACAUCCCCAUUCACGCCACCGUUGCCGUUGCUUUUGAACUAACGACGCGGCUUAGUGCGCCGCCAUCACCUUUCCCCAGUGCCACAGAGGAUGCCACACGCACGGAGGCACAUGGCGCGAUUCAAAGAUUCAUCGAUAUGUGUGGAGCGCGGUUGGAAACAGAAGAGCGUAGCGUGAAGGCCUAUGUGUUUGGCAGGUGCCUGCUUGCGCAAAUCAUAUGUAUGGAGGACGGAACAUCAAUAGACCAAGAGAUCCCAAGGACGCUGAAAGAGAGCACUGAAUUUUGCGUGGAGGCUCUUGAGAGGAGGGCUGGGGGAAGCGAAGGAGGUAGUAUGGUGGAUAUGGUCGAUGAAAGUCCCUUGGGUGGAUUUGAUUGGGAUGCUAGUAUUCAAGACCCAGGGCUUGACUUCCAGCUGCCAGACUCUUGGUCUCCGUUUGACUGGGUAUAUAUGGACAUGAAUGGCAGAUAGUAAUGGGAGAUAGUGAUGAUAUGAAUGACGAACUUUACUGCUCACGUAUGGUAUUAAUACCCCGAAUAAAUUAUGUAGAUAUUAAAAAUGCGCAAUAUAUAAAUAAAUAUGAG